UAAAUUCUCGCUUUGAGUUAGCAAACGCGAUCAUUCGAACGGCGGUCUCUCUUGUUUGUCCGCCAUGGGAAAGGUGCACGGAUCUCUGGCUCGCGCUGGUAAGGUGAGGGGGCAAACGCCGAAGGUGGCGAAACAAGACAAGAAGAAGAAGCCGAGGGGGAGGGCCCACAAGCGGAUGCAGUACAACCGCCGCUUCGUCACCGCCGUCGUUGGAUUCGGUAAGAAGAGGGGACCCAACUCGUCCGAGAAGUAAAGAUCUGGCUUGCAAAGUUCGUAGGAGUGGAAUUCUGAUUUUUGUAUGUCUUUGGUAAUUUGUUGUUUUCUUUGUAUUGAAAGGAUCAAAACCCUCGAGUAUGAAUUAACUUUAUAGGUAAUUGCUUUUGAAUUGUAUUAAUGAGAUCUUGUUGAUUUAUCACUUUCUUAUCUUGCUUUAUUGUCUGAACUCA